UAAAAAAAAAUGUUCCUUCUUUUUUCUUUUUCUUUUUUACAUACACCGAUCCAUCGUCAACGUGCACGAUCUCUGGCGUGACGUCACGUCCGCCCGAACAAACAUGGCGAACAUUCGGUGUGUCAAGGGUAUGGUCGGCCUUGUGUCGGGCGGUGCGUCUGGUCUGGGCCGGGCCACUGUGGAGCGUCUGGUGCAGAGCGGAGCGUCUGCUGUCAUCCUGGACCUGCCCUCCUCUGACGGACAAGCGCUGGCGACCAGUCUGGGAGACCGCUGUGCCUUCGCUCCUGCGGACGUCACGUCCGAGGCAGACGUGCAGUCAGCGGUGUCCCUGGCCAGGGAGAGGUUUGGGAAGCUAGACCUGGCCGUUAACUGUGCCGGCAUCGCCGUCGCUGUCAAGACCUACAACUUUAAAAAGGACCUUCCUCACAGCCUGGAGGACUUCCAGCGUGUUAUCAAUGUAAAUAUUGCGGGAACCUUCAAUGUGAUUCGCCUGGCUGUGGGCGAGAUGGGGAAGAACGAGCCUGACGCAGAUGGACACAGAGGCUGCAUCAUCAACACUGCCAGUGUGGCAGCCUUUGACGGACAAGUCGGCCAAGCGGCAUAUUCAGCUUCUAAAGGUGGCAUCGUCGGGAUGACCCUCCCCAUCGCACGUGACCUGGCGCCCGUUGGCAUCAGAGUCAUCACCAUAGCGCCCGGUCUGUUCUCCACUCCGCUCCUGGCCGGUCUUCCGGAGAAGGUGCGCUCCUUUCUUGCCCGCCAGGUGCCCUUCCCCUCCCGCCUGGGAGACCCCGCUGAGUUUGCCCACCUGGUCACAUCGCUGGCUGAGAACCCCAUGAUUAACGGGGAGGUCAUUAGACUGGACGGAGCCAUUCGCAUGCAGCCUUGAGACAGACGACGUGUGUUUGUGUGUGUGUGUCUUUGUCUUUGUCUUCAACGGCAUCCAAUUAAGAGAGAGAGUGUGUGUGUGUGUGUGUGGCCAGCCUGGUGUAUUUAUGUUGUGGAAGGCUGCGUACAGUCAAUAUAAACUGUUAUGGAUCACAAACAGCAUUUUGUGUGUGAGACUGUGAAAGGGUUUUAAAAUAAGACUGUACAUCAUUUUUUUUGUAAACUAAUCCCGAUUAUAAUAAACCUCUGAUUUGUUUCAUCAACA